AGAAACUAUUAUAAAAUGGAUCGUCGUUUUCCACCAUUCUCCCCAUUCUUUAACCAUGGCCGAUUCUUCGAUGACGUCGACUUUGAUCGCCACAUGAUCCGACCAUACUGGGCCGAUCAAACAAUGCUCACUGGACACCGAGUAGGAGAUGCUAUUGAUGUUGUGAACAACGAUCAAGAAUACAAUGUAUCUGUAGAUGUUUCACAGUUUGAACCAGAAGAGUUGAAAGUGAACAUUGUUGAUAAUCAGCUAAUCAUCGAAGGAAAGCAUAACGAGAAGACUGAUAAAUAUGGACAGGUAGAGCGUCACUUUGUCCGGAAGUAUAACCUUCCAACAGGGGUCCGUCCAGAACAAAUCAAGUCCGAAUUGAGCAACAAUGGAGUGCUCACUGUCAAAUAUGAGAAGAAUCAGGAACAGCAGCCAAAAUCCAUUCCAAUCACAAUUGUGCCAAAGAGAAACUGAUUUCAGUUACCUAAGUGUCUGUAUUUUAACUAUUUCAAAAAUAUUUAUUCAAUUCCAUUAUUGAAGUGACAAUAUAAACAUUUUGUUUAGACUCC